CUGUGUCGUCACAUUUAUUGUUUCCCCUAUCAGAAGUGCACAUAUACAGACAUGCUGAGUUGUUUCAAAGAUAAAGUUGGUAAUGUUUUAUUACCAGGAGAUGUAUUUUCUUUUCAAAUGCCUGAAAGUAUCACCGACAGCAAACCCGAGAAAGUUGUUUGUGGACCAGGGCUUCGGCGAAACGGAGAUGAAGUUCUCGUUUGCAAAAGCGGAAUCCUUCGACAUAAACAACCGAAUCUGUACUGGAUAGACUCUCAGCAAAGGAGGUAUGUUCCAGGGAAGGGGGAGAGUGUGAUUGGCAUCAUAACUGCCAAGUCAGGUGACAUCUUCAAGGUGGAUGUAGGGGGGAGUGAGCAGGCGUCACUCUCCUACCUCGCCUUCGAGGGGGCUACCAAGAGGAAUAGACCUAAUGUGCAGGUGGGGGACCUGGUGUACUCUCAGUUCAUCAUUGCCAACAAAGACAUGGAGCCGGAGCUGGUGUGUAUAGACAGCUGUGGACGAGCCAACGGGAUGGGGGUGUUUGGAGCAGGCGGGCUUCUCUUCAAGGUGUCCCUAGGACUUGUACGCAGGCUGCUGGCACCCCAGAGUGAGAUAGCCAAGGACCUGGAGAAGAUGUUCCCCUUUGAGAUUGUGGUGGGGAUGAACGGGCGGGUGUGGGUCAAGUCCAAGACCAUCCAGCAGACCCUCAUUGUGGCCAACCUGCUGGAGAGCUGUGAGAACAUGACAGCCCAGCAGCGACAGACGCUCUUCAGAAGGGUGGCCGACGGAUCCAUCUAGGCUAGGGGACCACUCUGCUCCGGAGAAGGAUGUUCGAGAACUGUCUGAAUUAAUGGGGUUUGUCUCAAUCAUUUGAAGGCAAGGAGGCAUUGGUGUGGUCGUCUCCUUUCCUUGUCUCCUCUCCUCUGACUGAGCUAAAAGUGAUGAAUGAAUCAUAACUGAGUGAUGAAUGCAGUGUAGUUGAAACUUAUCAAGUCAAAGGGGAUUUUGACCCCAGUGUGUUUGCGCUGUGUGAAUAAUCAGAUUUUUAAACUUUUGUUCGUCAACUACAUUUGAGAAAUAAAUAAUGAAUCUCGGGUUGAUUAAAAA